AUGGCCGGGGAUUUCAAUUUAGUCCUGAAUAGAGAUGAGACAGGCAACUACAGUUCCUACUCAUCGCAUAGAAUCUCUGAUUUUGUCAACUGGAUCCAAGAAGAAGGGAUUAUCGAUAUGGGCUUUUCGGGGCCAAAGCUCACUUGGGUGAAAGGCGGUAACAAUGACGCCUUUAAAGGAGCUCGCCUUGACCGGGCCAUGUGUAACACCGAUUGGCGCAAUAGGUUCCCAGGUGCGUGCGUAACUCAUUUAGCCCGGAUUGCUUAUGACCAUGCGCCUUUAUUAAUACAUGUAGAGGGGGAGAGGCAAAAGCCGUCGCCAGCACCGUUCAUUUUUCAAGCAGCUUGGCUUACCCGUGAUGAUGUGCAUAGUGUGGUUGAGCGCACUUGGAGAUCAGACCGAAGCUUUUUGGAGAAUACCCAGAAUCUUGCUAGCGAGCUGGCUACCUGGAAUAAGGAGUCUUUUGGAAACGUUUUUAAACGCAAAAGGGUCCUUAUGAAUCGGCUAAGUGGUGUUCAGAAGACCAUGGCAUUCAAGUACCAUGGAGGCCUGGCAAAGCUUGAGCUGAAGCUCAGGGAGAAUCUCGAAGACAUUCUAUGA